AUGUACAGGUCUCCCACUUCUCAAGAUACCCAUCAUGACCACCUUCGCGACCUUCUUGACCAGCGCUCUGCACGCGCGGACAUCCAGGGUCGCUUUUCCAGUGCUGAUUCGGAGUACACAGAUACACCCUCCGUCUACAGUCGCACCAAUUUCUCCCCUCGGGUACUAGACCAUGGCGGCCAGGAUCUGUAUCGCGACCAAUGCGAUGGCCCAGAGCCAAUCUCGCCGUAUUUGUCCCGGUCUAAAGGCGCACAUAAUCGGGUCCAAGGCCAACCCACUAGCAUGCUCGGUCUCGUCGAAGAUAGUCGCUUUUCAUCCGCUCUAUCGGGGAAAAAUGAUGACGAACAACCUUAUGCUGGUGAAGAGGACGAAGUCGAAACAGAUACUCGAAUGAGCUAUCUUGGGCCGAAGAUGCGCUUUCAUUCCCGCGCGCCUUGGGAGAUGGAAGGAGACACGCUCGAAGAAGAGGACGAUCUGGACCAGCCUUCCCGCCAUUUCCAACAGGGCCAUUUGUUUGGUCGCUCCUCUGGGUCCAAGUUUGACUCUUCCCGUUCCUCUAGUCCGAGGCCAAGUUUCAAUAGCCGUCCUAGCGGUGAAUCCUUAUAUUCCCAGAUUCCACCCAAACGAUCGUUUGAAACUAUUAACUCCCAAAUGUCAUACCCUAGAGGCGCAUUGUACGCGUUAGCCCAGGAAAGUCUGUCGACUAAUUCUCUUACUCGACCUGCUCUUCCAACAAAGGAAAAUAAAGACACAGUCCGUAACAAAUUCUCCUUUGGAAGGCUCAAACCGGAUCCUCCUGCAGUCUCCUUGCCCCAAUCCCCGAUCCGUGGUCGAUUUCCUACAUCUCCCGGAGCUCAUGAACAACCAUCUUUCAAAUUUGAAUCACACACUCGUUCCAAUAACACAUAUUAUGCCAACAAGAGUUUUGCUAACUCUACUCAAGAAUCAAUGCAUCCAUACGCCAAUCCCGAUCUCGUUGUAUCAUAUGCUGAUGACGAUACAGAAAAUUUUACCUCCCAAAGUGUACAACAUCCUAGAAACGAUUCUAGUAUCACCAUUAUGGAAUCUUCGUCGACUGAUUCCAUGAUCAAGUCUAGUUCACGCGCAACCUUGACUCCCGACACAUCAGUCAAUUCAAUAAGUUCGAAGCAUCGCGCUUCUUCUAUUCUGACGAAAACUAUCUCCUCUCCUGUACCUGUUUUAGGUUCAUCUCAACGAGUUGAUUCGGUGGUGUCUGACACAAACAGUAUCUUUUCCCUACAACCAUCUGUAAAUAACCUUCCAGGUUGGACAGAGCGUAAUACUCCGCCCACGUUCUCCCUUAUCUCUCUGGAGGAAGCCAGAGCACAGCGCACGCGAAGUUCUACUGUCACUGUACCGACAAAAGUCUCAUCUUUGACUGGCGUGGUAGAAUCUUCGACGUCAUUCCCAUAUGGAGAUAUAGAAAGUGCGACUAACGAUUCCACCCCAUUAUCCCGGACACGAGCUCGUUCUAUAAGUGCUGGUGCUAAAGCCAAGAAUGCAAUCCAGGGUUCUUCCAAGCCACAGCGACGUGAUUCAGCGUCUUCCAGCGCCCAUCAGAUCCCCGCUGCAGCAACCGGUACGCCAGGAACUAAAGGUUUGAAACAUAAGAAAAGUGGCUUUAUGCGUCUCUUCAACGGUGGAAAGUCCCUUGAAAAAGAAGAGCAGAACAGUCCUCCACCUGUGCCAUCGUUACCUGAAACCGUUGUUCCUCCCCAGCUUGUCCAGAGGACCCCAAAAAAUGUUCUUCAUCGCAUUCCAGUACCUAGCCUUCCACCAACUUCGACUGCUUUUGAAAACUCUUUUUCGGAGCCAAGUGAGAGGGAUUCAUUGAAGCUGAAUCUUAGCCCCAAGCGCACCCCCCCUCCUUCCCUCUCUAUUAAUACAAUCUCUCAAGGGGUCACCUCUAGGUCGUCAACCUCUGAUCUUCUUCCAUUCCAACGGCCGUUUUUAAACGAACAACCCCAGAGUGCACCAGCCCAUGUUUCUGAGUUCCCAGCAUUGAGAUUACGUCCUGUUUCAACUUUAUUCAGUGACCACUUCAAAGACCAUAUCGUCACUGGGGAUUCGAGGUCGUCUGACGAAACAACGGAUUUGGACACGCCUAGAUCUCCGAGCCCCGGUGGCUUGAUGUCGCCUGUAACGCCUGCCUCUGCUUUGAAUAGCAAUAACGAUAAAAAUCAAGCGUCUUUGCUCUCUUCUGAAGAAGAUUCAAAGCUGAGGGCCCUUCAGGAGGAAUUUGAUUCAUCGAAACAGGCGUGGCAACGUCAUAUCUGGGAGUUGGAGGGACAAGUCCGCGAUUUGAAAUUGGAGCUAGCAGAGAGCAAGACAAAAAAUACUGGGGAAUAUUGUCAUUCUUGUGGAAGAGGCGUCAGAAAGGAGUUUGUCACCCCUACUUCCACGGCAGGCAGUAUUCUCAAUAGACCCAGAGCACGUACGGGGGUAUCCUCUCGAUUCGGCAAUGCAUUACCUUGA